AUGGCGACUUUUGCUGAGAGAGUAGUAUCGACGAACAGAGAAGGUGAGACUUUUGUGGUGGAGGAAUGUGGUGGAGGAAAACCCCACGAUCAAGCUCUGUUCAGCACCUACCGGCGAACAGAGAAGGUGAGACCUUCGUGGCGGAGGAAAACCCCACAAUCAAGCUCUGUUCAGCACCGUCCUCCGGCAGCGGCUAAGACCUCCGACUUCAGCCCUUUCACGCAAACCUGUAGCCGGCUGACCGCGCUUAUUUUCCAACACCGAAGCUUUGUCCGGAGAUCCGCACCCGAGUCCUUUCGAGAGCCGAGAGAUCAGGUCGUUAGCAGCGGGGCAUAA